UUGCCUUUGCCUGUCACUUUUGGCAGGUUAAUUUUCGUUCGCAAAAUAUCCAGUCGGGAUUUUGCCUUAUUUUGUACAAUUUUCAGCAAUGGCCUCGUCUGCAACUGCUAAAAAGCAAGAUAUGCCUCCACCCGGAGGCUACAAAGAAAUUCCCUUUGCUCGAGUGCCAGCACGAAGCUACUUCACCGGUUGGCAAAUGAUCACUGGUUAUGCAGUCUCUACACUUGUGGGAAUCUACGUUUACUAUUUAACUGCAAAAAAGAUUAAACGCGAAGAAAUUGAGAUGCGUUCAGCCGAGAAUGUCAUCUUUCCAAUUUUGAUUGCCGAGCGUGAUAGGGAGUACUUGAAGCAAUUGAGAAGGAAUCGCGAUGAAGAGGCCAAACUUAUGGCCAAUGUCAAAGGAUGGGAAGUCGGCACAUGGUACGGUGAACCUGUCUUCAAAACAUUGCCUAAGGACAAACUCCUAACUCCAAUGUUCAAAGAAUUCUAUGUUCAUUCUGACUACAAAGAUUACGCUAAGAGAGCCAAUUUGAAAUUGUGGACUUAAAUCGGUUGAAUUUAUAGUUCAUAUUUUUUGUUGUCUCAUUACCAAUAAUUGGGUAUAAAUCUUCAUUUAUUGAUGCAAGUUUAUAAAUCAAAGGAAAGACUUUCAUAAAAACUAAUAAACAGCAAAUGAAAUCACGAGACUUA